UUAGAAUACAGGCUUUAUUGAUUGCGGAUGCUGUUUUUAACCUGAAAAAAUAAACAACAAAACUGGCACAUGUUUGGAUAAUAUUAAAAUUUCUUGUGAGAAACAAUGUCUUUUGAAGAUCCAGACAGAAUUCCCUAUUCAGAUCUGGCAUCAGGUGGUCCUCCUCUUGAUGAAGAUGAUUCUGAUGGAUGGGAUGAAUUGGAAGUUAGUGGUGAACAAACCACUUGUCUUUUUUGUAAUCUACAAUUCCACACAAUUGCUGUGGCACUAGUUCAUUGUCGGAGUGAACAUAAUUUUGAUCUAUUAUCACUCAAAAAUAAAUAUAAUAUGGAUUGUUAUUCAUACAUCAAACUAAUCAAUUACAUUAGAAUUCAUAAACCUGACCCAAAGUUAUUAAUAGAGGCUAAAACAGCUUUGUGGGAAGAUGAUAUUUAUUUAAAACCUGGAGAUAUGGAGACUUGGCUCAUGUAUGAUUUUGAUGAUUUGGGCAGUGCCCCAUCAACACCACAUUAUGCAAUUGAUGGGAAAACUCCAAUUAGUAAUAUCAAUUUUUCUGAUCUUCAGAGACAAAUAGAAGACUUGACUCUUCAAGUAAAACAAAAGGAUUUAUUACUAGAAAGCUAUUGUAAAGAUAUAGAAAAAAUGAAGGAAGUUACCAGAACAAUAGUAGAAGCUGGAGAUUCAGAAAAUAAAAAAUUUCCACACCAUGUACUUUCUUCUGGAUGUCAAAGUGGAGACUAUUUUAAUUCAUAUUCACAUUUUGGUAUUCAUUAUGAUAUGCUCAAUGAUAAAGUUAGAACAUAUAGUUAUAGAGACGCUAUACUAAAAAAUUCUGAUCAGUUCAAAGGGAAACAAGUUUUAGAUUUAGGUUGCGGUACAGGAAUUCUGUCCAUGUUUUCAUCACAAGCUGGAGCACAAACAGUUUACGGUGUUGACAUGUCUGACAUUGUAUAUAAGGCCAUGGAUAUUGUAAAAGAAAAUAAUUUGGACAACAUUGUUUUGAUUAAAGGAGAAAUAGAAAAACUUCAGUUGCCCGUUACCAAAGUAGACAUAAUUGUUUCCGAGUGGAUGGGCUAUUUUUUAUUAUUCGAAGGAAUGUUGGAUAGUUUGAUAAAUGCAAGAGAUACAUAUUUGAAACCAGACGGGCUUAUGUUACCUAAUAGGUGUAACAUAAGUAUAGUAGGUGUGAGUGAUGUAGAUCGGUACAAGAGUGUAAUAAAUUUUUGGGACGACGUAUAUGGAUUAACAAUGAAAUGUAUGAAACAAGAAGUUUUGAAAGAACCAUUUGUUGAAUAUAUUCCAGAGGAGAAACUUCUCACCAAUCCACAAAUAAUUACUGAAAUAGACCUGAAAACGUGUCAUGUGAAUGCUUGUGUAUUUAGCUCAAAGUUUGCUUUAACAGCUACCCGAGAUGGUUUAUUAACAGCUAUUGGUGGUUACUUUGAUGUAUUUUUUGAUCUAGAACAUAAAGUCGAAUUCUCGACUAGACCAAGCGCUUCCAAAACUCAUUGGCAGCAGACUUUAUUUUUUCUACCUGAUUGUAUAGAGAUGAAAUCAGGUGACACCGUAGAAGGAACCAUAAGCUUCACAAGAUUUACUAAAAAUCUACGAGGAUUAUUGAUUAAUAUAACCAUUGAUAAAAAUAAAUAUCAAUACAUAUUUGACUGAUAUGUAUAAAAAUGAAUUUUUGAAAUUUGCAUGAACAAUCAAAUGCAUUUUCAGUAUAUAUAUAACUUACUUGAAGUGUAUAUUAAACAUUGUUUAUAUACCUUCUAAUAUUGAUAGGAAUGAACAAAAAUAAAUUUCUCAAUUUUUAAAUAAUUUUAUUUCUUAAAAAUAUAUUACAAUCAAAUCCUA